UUAAAUUCUUAAACUUCAAACAAAGCAUUAUAGUGUGUCAUAUAUUUAAUAAUUUACUAAUUAUAUAACAAUUUAUAUCAGAAUCAGUUAAAUAUGGAGCUCUUUACAAAUACCGAAUUUUUUGAUGCUGAAGGAGAGUCGGUUGAAGAGGAAUCACAACUAAGCGUGUUAAUCGGGGUCGAUGAUACUUUUAAUAUAGACGGAUUUCCCGUUCACACUGGACAAUUCUUACCUAAAUCAGCUCCGAAUUUAGAUGGAUUAUCAGAAACUCGCAUGCAGAGAGUAUUGGAAAAUGCGCCCGAGAUAGAAACCGAAAAUUUAUUCGAGAAGAAUACGGAAUCUUUUCGAUGCUUAACACAAAUUUUGAUAUCACGUAGCUCUCUAAUGCGACAUAUUCUAUAUCAUUUUCCCGUUUUAGUGGAUCCGGGCAUAGAUGAAGCAUUUACAUACAUAGAACCGGAACAGACGUUUGACGACAUUGGUACAGGCAAAUAUCGUCAAUUGUGUAAAGACAUGAAUAUUGCGCCAAUUGCAAGAGUUAUUAGAAGUUUAAAUACAGAUACUCUCAAUUUAAAGUAUUAUGGGCUUUCCGAUAAACAAUUUAAAGCAAUCUCAAGUUGUAUCAUGCUAAACACGCACAUCAAAACCCUCAUUAUCGCAGAUAACUGGAUAUCUCCCGAAGCCGCUUUAUGGCUUUGUGAGAUGAUGCGUGAAAACAAUAGCAUCAACGUACUUAAUCUUCACGAAUGUCGCCUUGGAAUACAAGGCAUGACCAACUGUGCAGAAGGUUUCAGUUUGAACCAAUCUGUUCGUGAAAUCGACCUCAGUUGUAAUGAUUUGGGCAAUGAAGGUAUGGAAAUAUUAGUUGGUGCCUUGAAGGGCAACUACAACGUGGACAAACUCAAUUUGGGACAUAAUAACUUGGGAGAAUCUGGUGCAAAGCCACUGGGAGAUUUGUUACGAGAACACACAAACAUAGACUUCUUAGAUUUAUCAUGGAAUGAUCUGUAUGAAGGUAAAGCAUUAAAUUAUUUAUUGAGUGGCAUAGCUGAGGCCGACAGCUUAGAGUAUUUAAACCUGCAAUGGAAUGGUAUAAGCACCCCGGAACACAUGGCACCUCUAGCGAAAUAUAUAAAGGAAACUAAAAAGCUCCAACAUUUAGAUUUGAGUUUUAACAGAUUGAUGGGAAAGAUGAUUCAUAUGUUGACCAAUGCUCUAAAAGACAACAAGUCAUUGAAGAGUAUUAAUUUAGGGUUUAACCUUAUUACACCGACGGACGCCCUUAAAUUGAUUUCCAUUUUACAUCCAGAUCAUCCUUUAGAGUAUAUGGAUUUACAAAACGUUUACGUCAACAAGAAUUUUGUACCUCUAUGGAAAAAAUUAACCGACAUGGGAAAAAGUGUACGUAUAGAAGGCAUUCUGGAAAACUACACUAUUGAAGGUCCAGAUAAGAGGAAAGUUGUCUUUGAUAGAUGUCGUUAUCUGGCUCAGAAACCAAAGAAAAAGAAACUUAAAAAAGAUUUUGGUUCUGAUUUUAUCAUGUCCCUCCCGGAUGAAAUAGUGGACAAUGCAACCCUAAAAAAACUGGUGAAGAAGUCAAAGAUCAAUCUCGACAACGAUUUAAUCGACUUCCUGGGUGAAACUUUUAGCCGUAAAAAGAAAAAAAUCGAACUGAAACUCAUGCGGGACGCAUAUUUAGAAUUGUACCCAGAUACUCAACCUCUCGCACCCCCCAAAACGCCUAAAAGUGACAAGAAAAACAGAAGACGUACGCGCAAAUUCACCCAUGCAGUUGAAAGUACUGUUCGACCGUCAACCGAAGAAAAAGCCAUUGGAACGGAUUCUUUAGUAAUGAGCCCUCUGGAAAAUGCAUCAUCCGUUGUCACGUCCAAAAUGGUUAGUGGGACAAAUGCGCUCAUUAGACUGUCACGGAUUCAACAAGAAAUGCUGGAAGAGCCAACUGAAACUGAAAACGUGGUCACUACAAUUGAUUUAGACGUUCUCAGCGAGAAGGAAGCGCGUAAAUCGAUUGUGCUUAAAAGUAUCGUAUCUCUGAAUAUGUCUAGGGUAAGUUUGAUACCACAACCCAAAAAUAAAUCGGGGGUCAGGAUGAUGGUGCCCACAAAAAGUGAUGAUGAGGCAGAGGACAGGAAAGAUCUGAUGCCAAGAAAGAAGUCGAUUAUGUUCAAGGAACCUGAUGAUGAAGAUAACAAAGAUGAGUGAUAAAUCACAAAAGAAGUUAAUAUCAAAAUGUCCAAAUAUAAUAAACUAAUAAAUUUAAUCAAGAGUGAAGAUUCUAACUGCAAUAUCACUUAUGAUCCAGUCAAUGCCAUUCAGUAAGUUUUCUCCUGUCACAGCGCUGCAUUUUAAAAUUUGCCAAUGAUGAGUUUUGAUAUCAUCGAGUUCCAAGAUCUGAAAGUUAAAAAAAAACGUAGUAGAUAUACAGCAGGUUAAAUUAAUAAAAAAGUAUUGAAUAUUAAAAAAA